AUGCCUCCUAACGCGGACAGUGAGGCAGGUUUUUAUGAAGAAGAUGGAGAUGUGAAGGACAGUGAGACAGGUCGUUAUAAAGAAGGAGGAGAUGUGAAGGACAAUGAGACAGGUCGUUAUGAAGAAGGUGGAGAUGUGAAGGACAGUCAGAUAGGUUGUUAUGAAGAAGGUGGAGAUGUGGAGGAGAGUGAGAUAGAAGAUGGAGAUGUGAAGGACAGUGACAGAGGUUGUUAUGAAGAAGGUGGAGAUGUGGAGCAAAAUGAGGCAGGUUUUUAUGAAGAAAGUGGAGAUGUGAAGGACAGUGAGGCAGGUUUUUAUAAAGAAGGUGGAGAUGUGAAGGACAGUGAGGCAGGUUUUUAUGAAGAAGGUGGAGAUGUGGAGGAGUGUGAGAUAGGUCGUUAUGAAGACGAUGGAGAUGCGGACGACAGUGAGAUAGGUUUUUAUGAAGAAGGUGGCGAUGUGAAGGACAGUGAGGCAGGUUUUUAUGAAAACCAGCCUCACAGAAUCCACAUGGAAGCGUAA